AUAAGUUGCCAAUCCAAAGAAAGUGGCAAAUACAAAGUUAGCUGCACGCCACAGUGCCUUCUGAAUCAUUAUGUCACUUCUAUGCUACACCAAAUUGGUCUUAAAACCACGAAAUCCUGAAGUUUUGGUCCAAAACCUGUUUGCAAUCCUCCUUCUGCUUAGUUUGACUGACCUUUGACAUCUCCCACUAUGCAAAGCUACAAGAUGGCGGCGCCCUGCUGAAAAAAAUCGACGCGGCAUGGUUUCAACUUCAAGAGUUCCGUUAAAGCUUCCCGUAAAAGCUAUCUCCUGAAUUGAGGUGUCUUACAAGCGAUGGACAUACAUGUAACCAACAUGGAGGAUCCAACACUCGUAUACCAAGAACUCAGAAACAAGUUAGAGGCUGUUAAUGAUAAGCCAGGCCCUGCAAGACUUCUCCUACAAUGUCUUGAAGACAACAACCCCACCCAGCAAGCGAUAAUGCUGAAAACUCUUGCUGUAGGACCAAAACUGAAGGAAGCAGCCUCUGAUGCUACACUACAACCCCAAAGACUUGUCUGUGUAGAUGUCCUUGUCAGUAUGUACCUACAAUGUACUGUUCACUCUUCCUUACGUGGCACUUUAGUCAGUAUGUUACAAAGUUUACCAGCUGAGUUAAAAACCCAGGCGGUUGACAAGCUGUCCACACAGGUUAAGGAAUUACUAGUAGUACCAUCUGAAAGGCUGAGAUACAAUAUUAAUAUUUUGGGUCUUCUGCUGGAAAACUUUUCAAUGGGUGCAACAGUUGUUGCCAAGAACCUUCCAGCUGUUCUGAACUUUGUAGAGAAGAGUCUGGAAGUGUUGUUGGUAGAUGCUAAAGAUGUGAGCACAGCUAAGUCAUCUCAGGCCAUGCAGGAUUGCACCACAGUCCUGAAGCUACUGACAGCUUUGCUACAGAAAUGCCAAGCUGACAUCCUGGCUUUGAUUACGACUGACCAUGGCAGUCAUGAGAGCUACCUACUGGCUGAGAUAACGUGUACACUGUACUCCAUCUUGCAGUUUGACUGGGUACUGCAGGCUUGUCACAGCUCAGCUGGCAUUGCUUUGCCUGCUACAAUCAGAGCCUUCCUUCUCAAUGACAAUGAAGCAACUGUGAAGGCAGUCUUUGCUAUUCUGUAUCCAGAUCAUUCCACGGAGUUUCUAAAUGAAGUAAAACUAAAAAAACUCCAUAAAUUCCUGCAAAGCUGUAGGGCCAAUCUUCCAAGUUUUUCUCGUCUCUGUCUUUGUAAAGGCAUUUUGGCUAAGCUAAGUCCAGAGAUGUUGUCAACAAUGUUUGACAACCAAUGUUUGCUGUUUGACGUAAUCCUCCCAGAUAUUCUUAGACUGUGUAACAGCCUUUUGGACUCUACUUCAGUUCUGCAUGGCUCUUAUGCCCUAACAGUUUGGUCCACUAAGGCCUUGGAACUUACAAAGAGUGUAACAGUAGAAAACACAAGGCAACAGCUGAUACUACCAUCCUCUACAAUGCAGCAAGUGGUAGGCUAUAUUUGGCAGCAUUGGGAUCACCCGUUGGAUGGUGUUCGGCAUCAGUGUCGGGAAAUCUUUCGAAACAUCCUGAAGUGUCACGUGAAGGUUUCCAACAGUCCUGUCAGAGAGGAUGCUGACUUGUUGGACCUCACAAAGAAGGUGUUCAGCGAGGACUGGCACAAGCGAGGAAAGUACAUAGCUCUGUGCUGUCUGACAGAGGAGAUAGGAGCACAGGAGAUUCUCCAACUUUGCCCUCAGAUUGUGACUCGCCUACUUGUCCUCAUGAGUUCUGAGGCUGUGACCGCAUCGGUUCAUGCCAAAGAACUGCACGGAAAACUCUCAAAGUCCCACAAAGUUGAACUCACAACUCAGUUCCAUGAUGAAGGUACUUCUAAAUGGCAAGAGGCAUGGAUAGACCCAGUAUUGGAUCUUCUAUGUAACACUAGUACUUCUGUGAAUAGACAAACCAUCAGUGACUGCCUUUCUAGUCUUUUAAAGACCUCUCCUGAAAGCAUGGACUUCAUAGUUGGAAGGCUGACAACCGAUGGAGGGAGUUUAUCAAAGACAAGUGACGCCAAGCUGUGUGGCCUCAUUGCCUGCCUCCAAACUGCCCACAGUCUCAGGAUGCGGAAUCUACAAACUCACUCAAGUGCCACAGAGAUGAUGCUUAAGAAAGCAUUGACGCACAGUAAAGACCAGGUCAGGCUUAGUUCUUUAUCACUUCUGUCUGAGUCUCACAAGCAGACUGAUCCAAUUCCAGGCCCUCGUCUCUCAUUGGUGCUGCAUUUCCUGAAGUACAACUUGAACAGCCAAUCCCCGUCUUUCAGACAACAAACAUGCUCCUCCCUAAAGAAACUGUUCAUCUGUGUGAGGGACAGCAGCUUUGCUGCACAACGCAGCCUACGACAGCAAAAGAAGAAGUCAGCCUGUGAAACAUCACCGCCAGAAACACCCCAGACUGAACAGCAGUUGAAACAGUACAAAGAAUUUCUCGGCAAAGUAUUUGAAAUGCUGUUUCAGGGCAUUGGUGUGGGUGCAUCCUUUGCAAGAAAAGUGACAUGCCUUAGUCUCCUUUCAGUCAUGUUGCAAAAUCUCCUGUACCACACCUCAUCUGAAAGUAUUGCAGAAGUGUUCCCUCUGUCUACCAUGUUCACAUCCAGACAUUUCCAUCUCCUACUGGAGUGCCUUGCAGACACCUAUGAGCCAAACAAACAGUUAGGGCUAGAACUCUUAACCGUGGUCCUUAAGAAUGCUCCAAACUCUUCCGUACAUCUGAAGGAGAAUGAUCCGCUCUGUGCUGUUUUGUAUGGGAUCUGUGAGACACUGAUGGAGAGUGUGAACCCUCACGACAGUGUUACGGCUGCCUACAUACUCAGGCUUCUACUGCAACAUUCAGUGGAUGUAAAAGAAUGGAGCUUAAACACGGGAGAGAAUUCAGAUCAAACGCUCAAGGUUGCAGAGCCCAGCCACUCCACUGCAAGCUUAGAGCAGGAUGUGAAGGAUCAUAUCAUGAUAAACACAUGUAAUAUCCUUGCAUCUCUAGUGGGGAAACUGAAACCAUUAGUGGAACACAGCAAGAAAGAUCUGCUUGAAGUUGCAGCAAACUGUCCAAUAUAUGGUGUGAUACACUGUAUCAGGUCUCUCCUGGCUGAUGUAGAUAUGACGUCAUUGGUUCCUAAGCUAGAGUGGGGAAACCUUCUAGACAAAAUUGUUGAUGUGUGUUGUGAAGUGUCCAGUAUUGUAUCACCUAUUGUUCAGACGGCUGCACCAGAGGGGUAUAUACCAGAGGGUGCCACACUCGUAGAUGCAGCUGUGACACAAGUCUCCUUAAAGCCAGUCAGUGAAGACGACACGACGUCUCAGGAACCUUCUUCAGUGUCUUCACAAGCCUUACUUAUCUGCUGCUGGAGGAGUUUGAUGGAAAUCUCUCUGUUGUUUGGACAGUUUGCUCAGAAAGCUCCAAUGUAUCAAGAAGAUGAUGAUCCCCAAGGUGUACUAUCUGUCAAUCAAGUGUUAAAGAUAGGACACUACUUCACUACACAACUGCUAGAAGCUCGUCACUUGGGAGCGUUCGAGAAGGGGAAAGACGGCUUCAUCAAACUUUGCCACCGACUGUGGAGGUCUGAGAUCCCUGACUUGAGAAAGCUUCCUUGUGAUUGGUUGAAGGGACUUCUCACGAGUCUACAGGAUUACAAUGACAGCAGUCUAUGUGCGACAAGACGCAGUGCCGGUUUGCCCCUGUUCUUUGAGUGCGUGUUGACCACCGAGCCAGAGGAACAUCAACAGGCACAGCUCAAGUCAUCCAUGGAACAGCUCCUCUCUCUAGCAUCCUCCUUACCAUUGCCUACAGACAGCAAGCACACUGUUCCAGUUGUACAUGCCCUGAACAUCCUCAAAGCCCUCUUCAGGAACACCAAGAUCGGGGAACACAUUUUUCCUUACAUUGUUGACGGAGUCAAAGUGACCAUUCUCGGGUUUGGCUCUGAAGUCUGGGCCAUACGUAAUGCAUCCACGCUACUCUUCAGUAUUCUCAUGACCAGGAUAUUUGGAGUCAAGCGAGGGAAGGACGAACAUGCCCGGAGGAACUGCAUGUCAGGAAGAGAGUUCUUUGCCAGGUUCCCCUCCCUCCAUUCCUUCCUUCUGGACCAACUCCAGCUGGCUGUGGAGAGGAUCCAGUCCUGUGACAGCAGUGUGGACCUGCACCCAAGUCUGUACCCUGUGCUGAUCAUGUUGGCAAAGCUCUACCCCUCCCCAAUGGAUGGAGCCUCCUCAGCAUUAAACAUGUCUGCCUUUGUCCCGCUGGUCCAGAAGUGUGCCCACAGUACCGUCAUGAAGACAAGAGCCAUGGCAGCACAAGCACUCCUACCGCUCAUCCCAGCUGCACAUGCUGCCUCCACCAUAGGAAAACUCCUGAGACAGAUUAAAGAUGCUUCCAGAAUCCCUCAGAAUUCUGUUCAUGGAAUUCUGCUGCAAGCUCAAGGAUUGAUCAAGACAUACUGUCGCAAAGAUGUUCCUGGAGUUACACAAGAAGAUCUUGAGUCAGAGGUGUACCCUUCCUUACAGAGUCUUUCUUGGAUUGGGUCACGGUCAAACCCUUGUGCUGUUACAAGGGCACUUUAUAUUGCAACAGUAGAGUUCCUAAUUUUUGACAGCAAUGUAGGAAAAGGCUCUCAUCCAUUGCAAGAGCUCCGUUCAACUUUGAUGGCAACACUUCAUACAGAACAUCAAGAAGAUUCGAGUGAUAUCUGCGGUGCUGCUGCCUUGAACGUGGGCAUUGCCACGUUUGUUCUGCGAUGCCUACCUCACUCAAGCAGAGUCAUCACAAACAAUCUAGUAGAACCAGCAGGAGUUCUACUCAGUCUCCUUACCAACAAGCAUUAUGAAGUCAGGCAGAAAACACUGGAGUUUCUCAACAAAAGCAUCACUGAACAGCAAAACUGUCUAACAGCAAGUGGCCAAACCCUAGAAGCAAAAGUGGAUGGAACAGUAGUUACUGUAACAAAAGGCAAAGUUAGUGAUAAGUUGGAAACCACAGCAAGCCCUUCAAACAUCUCCAGAGACACGGACAUAGAACUAGAUGAAAGACUCCACCCACUGCUGGGGCUAUGCACAGAAGAGAGGAUCUUUCAGCAGCUAGUUAUCAUGGUGAUGCAGACAGAGAGGAACUCAGAGGUCCUCCCGCAUCUGCUACAGCUGAUGUGCACUGUGAUGCCACUGAGAACAUUUCCAUGGGUCAUCACAACUCCAUCAUCCAAACAGGUGACUUGUGGAGACAUGCUGCAAACCCUGGUAAGACUUGGUCAGGAAAGCACCAUGAAACCAGAGCUCCAGGCAGCUGUAGUCUCCCUGUCUUCUAUCACAGCAAACAUGCUGUACACUUCAUCAGAGCCACAGGUUGAGAUGGGUACCACCUUGAUGCAGUAUUUUGCAGACUGGGUUGGACUGAUGCUGGAAUGUGCCCAACCUGGGAAGUAUGUGGAAGUCAGGCAAGCUGUUGCAAAGGGUCUGGCUGCUGUGACAGGUAUAUUAGAGGAUGGGAGAUGCCUGCUGGGUGACCUUAGUUUCACCUUGUGGAGAGCACUUCUCAUCUUGCUUCAGGAUGAGGAUGAGGUCACAAGACAAACAGCAGCAAGUUCUGUACUGUUGCUUAGCAACAACAGACAGGAAACAUCAAUAAGCAUUCAGCCAACCCUGGCCCUCCAUCAAGCAGUGGAGCUCCUUCUCCAGUCAUCUGGGAAGAAGAAGUGGCGACCUUGCAUCCUUCUCCUGCAUGACCUUGUGACUGGGAGCCCUGACCUUGAAGAUGUGUUUCCAGAUGGACAGAUCACAACUGAAGUUGUCUUUGAGAAGGGAGAAACCAACACCUAUGAAGAGGGAGUGGAGUUGGCAGGUGUCGCAGCGCAAAGUCUGACUCGAGCAGUUGGAGGCAGCCCAUUGGUUGGUGCUGAUGUCCAAAGCAACCUGCAUGCUGAUUCAACAACUACAGGACACCAACAUCCAUCCUCAACAUCUGUUCAAGAGCUUCCUAUAGACACAUCUCUGAUUCUAGCUCUCAUAGAGAAAGAUGAGUCCUUGCUUCUGGACUUGUGUAGGAGGUGUAGUUCACUCAAAACAUCUCCAGUCUUUGUGUACCAUACCCUGUAUGGGCGGGUGUGUGAAACACUCUACAGGCUAGUGAUAGCCAUGACAGUUCUACUGGGUUGCCCCUUGUUGGAGAGCACAUUUGUAGCAGACACAGUAGAGAAGGUAGUGGAGAAGGUAGCCCAUUCUACAAUAUGCCAACAGCCUCUACCAAGUCCACUGGUAAAACAGGCUUUGGCAUGUUUGCAAGAUCUUGUUAAGUAAUGUUUCCAAUUCCAAUUUAAUGUCAGAAUGACACAGGCUUUAAGACUUGGCAACGGAUUUUAACUGCCUUAGAUAGUAUUCGAAAUGAAUGCAACAUUUUAAAUACACGAAUUGCCAAUUCAAGCUAGGGUUGAUAUGUAUUCAAUUGUUCAGGUAUUCAUCUAUAUAUUUUUAUCGAUGAGAACUGUACAUUAUUUUCCACGUAAGACCAGUAUGUAUUAUUAAUUCCAAUGAAAAAAAGAUACUUGCAACAUUCUCAUUUUUAAAGCCUUUGAAGACAGUAAUAUGAGAUGAUAGAGGAUUUUGUCAAAUAUCUUUUAUGUACCAUUGUAAUUUAUAGAGUGAUCCAAUUAUUUUACAUUUACGCCAUGUAUUUUGUGCAUCAGCAAUUUCUCCUUUAUUCCCAUGGCACACUGUUUUGUGUUAUGCAGAAAAUAACAAUGGUCAAAAUCAAUAGAUAUGGAUAGCUGAACCUCUGUGCAGUCAUUUGUGGAGAUGAUUGAGUAAAGGAUGGGGACAAACACGGGUGGUUAAAGUAAUGUGACCUCUUGUGGUCAGUUUGUCUUGUUAACCUAGAUAUGUCAGAUUGAACUGAAAAUGUGCUUGGACCCAGAAAUGUCACACUGGCUUCUCUUCAAACAGCUUAAGAAACCACAAAAUUAAGUGGUCAUCUCACAUUCACUCACUUAUUAUCCAGUUCAUCGUCUGUUGUUCCCUAAUGACGUUUUACCAUGAUGAACAUUGUACAUGUAAGUAGUUUGCAAUUCAUGCAUUGCUCUCAAAAAAGUAACUACGUGUAUAAGGAUUGUGAACAUUGAAAUACCAGCAUGACACAAGAUCUGCAAAUAACGGUUUUGUUACAUGUUCAACAACAUUUUAAGUAAGAAUGUGUAUAAUGCAAUGAAUUAUAACUCAGGCAAAAACGAUGCCAUUUUUCAGAUUGAAAUGAGAGUAACUGUUAUAUACCAUAAAAUAACAAUAUGAUUGGUCUGAUUAUUUUGCUUGCUAUCGAAGAGCUCAACACCUUACGUUUUAAUGAGUAUACAUCUUCAAGAGUAACACUGUAACUGGUAAACCACCUUCAGCCAUAACAUGCCGGUUUUGUACUAGUUGUGUUAAACCAGACUGAUAACUUUGAUUCCCUCAUAUCACGGUAUGAAUUUCCUCAAGCAAGGGACCUCUUGCUUAACGUCAUAUCCGAGAAGACGUUCCUAGCUGGAGCUAUGUACUCAUUUUCAUCUUAGUAGAGUAAGGAAUUAGGUGUUAAGUGUCUGCGCCCCAGGGACGCAACAUUGCGGUAUGCUAAGGUUGAUGAACCCAGAAAUCCUUGAGGUUCUAAGUGCAGGUAUAAGACCUUUAACACAUGACCAUCUUCCCUUUUUAUAUUGAGUGGCUUCAUGUGCAGAUCUUGCAAAGCAAAUCAUUCCACCUUUUUAUAUGUUAGUUGAAUUUAUAAGAAAGAGUGUCAAAGGAAUCUUAUAAUUCUAAAUCGACACCGGCGGUCAACAAUAAACCUUGAUUUAGCAGCAG